AUGAAGAAGAAGAUUUCUAUCGGCCGAUUUUUCUCGGUGUUCAGUAGCAAGAAAAGUUCCAAGAAGACACAGCAGAAGCAACAGUCAAGCAGAAAGAUCAGCUCGCCCACCGGACCGGUGUCUCACAAUGUACUUUUGAAACAACCCGAAAGCUCUCAUCAAUUGGAUGUUGAUAUCUGUCCAUCGACAUCUACUGAGACGGUAGAAUCAUUGAGAAACGAGCCCAUGUCCCCCACCGCUGUAGAGGUCUCACUUGGCAGCACACCUACCAAAAACUCAAGGCAUGGAAAAACGCCCAAAAUGAAGAAUUCAAAGAGAUCUUCCAAGGGAAUCCCUUACAAAGGAGGUUUCAAAGAUCCGCUCGAGAUCACAAGGAGACUUUUAGACGAAGAGACGAAAGAAGAACAAACUUCGUCCGGACCAUCUGAACUAACAAUUGGAUACAUUCUACGAGAUCUUCGUGAGAGUGUGACAGUGGGAGAAGCCACUUCUCCCAUGCAGAAGAUUUUCAAAAUGUUGAAUGGUCGCUCUACUGAUAAGUCUGCGAGAAAGGCUGCGGCUAAGAAGAUUGCUCGAAUGAAUGGUAUUGCGACUAUCAUCACGACGGUACAGAGAUUUUUUCACGAGCAGGAGCAUGAUUUUUCAGCUCUUGCCAUUCGGUGCCUAAUUCAACUCACUCGCUUUUAUCCUGAUUGUAAAGAAAAUAUGGCAGACAUCGGUGGCGCAGAUGCCAUACUGAAUCUUGCCGAAAGCCACGGUGACGAUGUUAUGGUUACCGCCAAUGCAGUUGGUCUUCUUUGCAAUUUGUCAACCGUCUGGAGCACACAGAAACAUGUAGCUGACGACAGGUGCAUUGAUUUUGUGGUGGAAGCGAUGAGAAGUCAUCCUUCUCAUCGCUUUAUUCAAAGGAACGGGUGCGCGUAUCUCAGUUGUAUUGGAAAUGUCGAUGGAAUGCAAGCAGUAUUCCGAAGAAAAGGUAUUGACUAUCUCCUUUUAGAUACUUUCAACAACUUUCAAGAUCGCCACGAGAGACCUGAGGAAAACUUAUUCUUUCACAAGUGCAAGGAAAUCCAAGCAUUUGCAAAGCUAGGAAUGGUUGUGUACAUGUCCAAGAUUCGAGAGAAUACUUCAGACAAUUGA